AUCUCGUCUCUGUCGCCAGCUAGCAGACGAGACGUUGCGAUUCUCAUCUGACAGCUUCCAACAACUCAUACGACGACGAUAUUGAAAUCGCCGUCUUUCCACCAUGGCCGGUCGCUGGACUCCCCGGCAGCGCUCGCAUCGCAACAAUGUCGUCGCCUUCUUCGUCAUGCUCUUCCUCAUCCUCUUCUACUUCCGCGACGACCUCCUCCCUCCCUCCUCAAACUCCCGCAGUCAUGCAUACGACACUUCCACUACUCUGCGCCUCGGCGACAACGAUGUCGAGAUGGUGGUGGCGAGCAUGAAGCACGAAAACGUCUCGUGGCUCGACCACUACCUUCCCGAGUGGAAGAAGAACAUUUACGUCGUCGACGAUAACAAAGCCAAGUUGACCGUGCCUAUGAACAAGGGGCGCGAGGCCAUGGUCUUCUUGACUUACAUCAUUGACCGAUACGAUUCUCUGCCCGGCAACAUCAUCUUCCACCACGCCGAGCGCUUCCAGUGGCACAACGACAACCCCGACUACGACGCCCUCCCCCUCCUCCAAAAGUUUCGCUUCGACAACCUCAAAAAGGUCGGCUACGCCAACCUGCGAUGUGUCUGGGUUCUUGGCUGCCCCGCCGAGAUCAAGCCCAUUCAGGACGAAGCUCCUGCCAAGGAGGGAGAGCCAGUCCACGCUCGUCACGUAUACAAGGCUGCUUUCCAGGAGCUGUUCCCCAGCCUCGAGGUCCCCGAGGAGGUCGGCGUAACUUGCUGUUCGCAAUUCGCCGUGCGCCGUGAGGCCAUUCGCAAGCGUCCCCGCGCUGAGUAUGUGCGAUUCCGCGAGUGGUUGAUUGUGUCUCCCUUGGGCGACGAUCUGAGCGGCCGUGUCCUAGAGUAUUCAUGGCACGUCAUCUUUGGCCAAAAGGCGGUCCACUGCCCCAACGCUGCCGAGUGCUACUGUCAAAACUACGGCAUGUGCGACAUGACUUGCGAAGCAGACAAGUGCGACGGCCAAUACGUCCUCCCUCCCUUUUCCACCCUUCCCAAGGGUUGGCCUCAACUCGGAUGGAAGGGAGAGGACCGCCACUGGACCGGGCAGCCCUGAUCCGAGGGAGCCUAGCUAAUGCGAUGCGAUUCGAUUCACACGGCCUAUAGACUGUCACGAUAGGAGGAGCACGUUUUUCUUUCACAUGCAGUUUUUAUUUAUCCAUCCAAUUCGGGAAUCAGGAUGAAAACAUGGGGGGCACGAAAGCACGAAGAUGUUCAAAAAGGGGUUCGCCCUUAUUACCUUUGGGUUCUUGUUUAUUUGGUCAUGGGGCGGGCGUCUGGGAUUGAUUGGGACGGGCAAUCUGCAAUGUCUGUAUCAAGUAGAGGUUUCUGUAGCAUUAUCACUAUCAUGGGGGUAACAGUGGGAGAUAGAAAGUUCUGCACGGGAUGCGCUUGUGCUGGGCUGUUAAUAGAGACUUGUGUGUCUUGACCUCGU